UUGCGAGGACAAGCGUCAUUUACCAACAAUCAAUUGACGGAACUGGAGUAUUGUGUUAUAAUACCCGCGCUCCUUGGUAACCAACUCCAACUAAGAAAACACGGGGUCACACUCGGUCAGGCCUAGCGCCUGCAGACCACAUACACACAUCUGUUCUUACCCCCACUUGUGGCGUAGCUCCCUUGUUUAAGAAGGACGAUUUCUACCCAGACUUUCCUGCGUUGUGCUUUCUAUCUGCUACUGGCGUGUUGCAAAAUUUAAGCAUGUCUUCUGACGAAGAGUACGAGUCCGAAUAUUACCGAGAGGACGUCGACUCCCAGAGAGACAGUAGUAGUGACUCCCCCGAUGAAGAAAAGAGGCAACGAAGGAGAAAAAGAACGAAAGAACAGAAAAGGGAUGAGAAGGAGAAGUCUGAGGUAGAUGUUGAGGCUAUAAAGGAGUUCUGUCAGGUGGUGGAGGCGGGAGAUGUGGAGAAGAUCGGAGAAUGUCUGGAUAAGAACGACAUCGACAUCGACGGUUUUUACUUCAGUGAAGGAAAGUUUACGGCACUUCAUCUAGCGACAGACAACGGUACUGCAGACGUGAUUCAGUUCCUGAUCGACAAGAAGGCAGGUGUGAACAUCGCGUCCAGGAAUCCGGUUCCGGAAAAGGCGGACUAUCCGUUGAACCUGGUGACGUCAGACGGCCCUAUCGGAGCCACGCCCCUGCACCUCGCCGUUCGGUACGGAGACGAGGCUCACCUGGAAGCGGCAGACAUUCUCAUAGAGAACGGAGCAAACGUCAACGCAAGGGACAAGAACUGGGACACUCCGCUGCACCAGGCUACUUACCACGGAAAUAACAAAGCUGCACGGCUAUUGGUGGAGGCUGGAGCAGGAUUGGAUAACAAGAACAAGAAGGGGAAGCUUCCUGAGGAUCUUGCCUUUGAGGAGAGCACACCUGUCGGGUGUAAGAGUCCGGAGUCAAGGAACAGUCUGCUGAGGGGCAGACAGAGGAUCCUUCAUAUCAUCAAGAGAAUCAAGGAAAACGAGGAGAGCGCCAGUUUUGCUCGCUCCUCCCACAGGAUGCGCCGGCCUGCCAGGAGACCAAUCAGGUUCAGCGAUUUCCCCCAGAAAUCGCCCGAGGAACUGCGCGUGUUGGAGAGACGCUUUGUUCUAGACUGUGUCGCUGUGGCCAACAUAUCGCAGGACUAUGGGAAGGCCAAUCCAAAGAUGGGUACAGCCAUCCCACCCUACAAUGCACAGAAGGACAAGCAUGUUGAGCCUUACUUCAACUUCUAUGGAGUGAAAGAUGUGUUAAAGACUACAGGACAAUAUGGCAGAAAGAGUACCUCCAUUGAUGGUCCUGUCAUCGACCGUUUUGUCGGUCUGGGUAAAGGGUACCAGUAUCUGUCCAAGAGGAACAAGUUUGGGGCUGGACACUCCAGAGAAGCGAUUGACGGCCAUGGGCAGUUCAUGACGGGCGUGCAGCCCAUGUUUGGUUACCGUGGCCUGUACGGCUACAGACGGAACACCCCGUGGCUGAGAGGCAUCCCCUCACCGUUCGGAGUCGAUCCUCGGUCACCGCUGCACGCCAAAGAACGACUACCGCCCAUUUACUAUCGGCGUCAGGCUGGCUGGGCUGCUAGUCUGUGAAAAACUCGUGUGAACAGAGUUGUGUACUUAGUAGGAAAAUGUCCAAAAUAGGUCUAUCCGGUUCAUCUGUUGUUCCCCGUCUUCUGAGGUUUAGACGCGCUUGCACAUUGAUGCUGAGGCUUGAAGGUGGCCCACCAUUUGCUCUGUCCUGUGGGUUCGCGUGAUGUAAGUUAAGGUGGUGGAAGUCCUGCCUUAUGUUGUCCAUCCAUCCUUUCCCUGGAUGUCCUCAUGGGUUUUGGUUUUUCACAUCCAGUGUGAAGAGGACAAAAAUUGUUAAAUGUUGUGUUUAUAAGGAUCGUAACAAGCAACAUGUACUCAAUAAAGGGAAAGCAAAAGUAGCGAUAGGCAUAUUCUUUAUUGCAAAACAGACUCCAUUAUACAGUAGCGUUGCUGGAAUGCAAAAGGCCACAAGAAAUGCUCUGACAUAGAACUCGUACAGAUGUAAAUCUACGCUGCGCUGUUCUGACUCUAUGUAUAGCACACAAAGUUUAGUCUAGACAAGUUCUAUUUCACAGUCUCUACUCCAGAGUAGAAUUGACAAUAAUAACUUUUCAAGAGGAUUCAUUUGAUUUCAUUUUCAGGAUGGGAGGACACGUGAUAAAGAAAAAGUAUACAUGUACAUUUUAAUGUAUAACUAUUAUAACUGUCACCCCCUCUCUUAAUAUCCAACACAGUGUCUAGCAAUACUUUGUCAGGUAUGCAGCGAGUUAAGUAGCUCUAAAAAUCUU